AAGGAAAAUUCACGGCCCAACAUGGUUGCUUCACGUGUCUACUGUUGACUGAAUAUUGGUACUUCAGUCAACGUUUCUACUCAGUUUAUUAUGUGAUAAUCAACUGAUAUGAAACUUGUGACUCUUAGAACAAAUAAGUGAUAUCAUUACCAGUGCAAUGUACAGGCUUUUUAGACGUUACAAGUUGCCUGUCCGGAACGUACAAUUCGCAACAGUUCAAGUUAACCUUCAACACAGCCACCGAAUUUGUUCGAUUUGCAACUUCUAUCAUCUUCAGCCGAUCAAUUAUAAUAACCAUGGCAUUGUACGCUAUCAAACCACCAUCACGGAAAUGGCUUGUUUGGAUGCAGCAGCUCUCAAAAAAGUCAAGCACAAGAUUAGGAAAUAUGCAGAACUGUUAGAAGUAUCUGCGGAAUCAACAACUGAUACAAAAGCCAUAAUUAAAAAACUCAAUGCAACUGGUGUUUCAAAUUUGGCUAACAAACCAGACAUUAGUUUAGAUCAACUGCAUAAAAUUAAAAACAUCAAUAAAUUACCGAAUCAAAAAACAUCAAUUGCUAAAACCGAGCAGGGUCCAAAGGAAACUGACGCAUCGGCUUCUGAAAUUUUUUGUCCAGCGGACGAAUUAAAUUCAAUGGCGCCAUCGAUGUCUAUAAAUUUAGAUGAAGAAGACAUAUUACCUAAGAACGACGAGUUAUUUGAAGAGGACUUGAUGGUUCUGGGGCCUACCGAUCCAACGUUGAUUAAGAAUACAUCUCUUUUGAGUAGGUCACAUUAUGACCCUGAGGAUGAUGUAAAUGAGGACAAUUUAGAAUCAGUGGUUCAUCCUGACAGUCAAAACUCUAAAAAAAAGGCAAAAACAAAGUUAAAGGUAAAAUAUACGGAUGAGGAAAUAGAAGCCCUAAACAAAGAACAUCUGCAGACUACAAAACAAAAUUUACUUCAUGAGAACCUGCACUCUUAUUUGUCCGUGUGCAUCUCCAGUGGGAUGAUUUCACAAGCAUUCAACACUCUGCAGUAUUAUAGAAGUCGAGCUAAACGCCUCAAAGAUCAAUGCAGUAUUACUGACAUUGCCAUAUAUAACUGCGUGUUACAAGGCUAUGCUUCACACGGAAAUUUGGAGAAGGUCAAGCUGUUAUUGCAGAUGAUAGUCGAGGAUUCGAUCCAACCUAAUCCCCAAACUUACGCUGCUAUGUUUGAAGUUGUUAGUCGCAAGAAAGAUUUUCAGCGUCACAAGGAAUUCCUGGAAUCUGUUCUGUCAGACAUGACUUCACGUGGUAUAAGUUUGAACGACGUAUUAGACAAAUCCGUUUUCACUCAUGAUCAGAGAGAAAUGACAGAUCGAGGAAUUCGGGUAUUAGUUCCGGAUUUUGAGGCAAAUUACACUCGGCCAGAUACCUCAUAUAGUAACCAUCUCCUUGAGAAAAUAACAGGUACCAUAGGGCAAUCUAUUGAGCCUGCCAAAGAUAUUGUAACCAUUUCGGAAUUGAUGACUAAAGCCAGGCAUCAAAUGCAAUUGGAGAAGACUGGUAGUGUCACUGUAAAGAGUGUUGCAGUACCUCCAAAACUUUCAUCAUACGCACUACUAUGUAGAGAAAAAGUUGCAGAGAUUGAAAAAAUGUGGAGAACGGUAAUAACGGAAGCUUUUCAAAGGGAAUUGAAUGUUUACCAGUCUCAAAAUACCAAUGGAUACCAUUUGAAAAGAACGAUGAAUUUAUAUCCUUAUUUAACCGUUCUCGACACAAGUGUUUAUGUAGACGUUAUACUAGACGAAGUUAUAAAUCGUGCAUCUGGUUCUGAGACUUUCAGCCCUGGGCUUCACAGUCUUAUUGGACAACUUGGGAGAAAUAUUUUUCACAAAUAUCAGAUGGAAAUGAAGCAUCGCAAUAGUGUGCAUAGCAAAAUAGAAAGUAUAUACAAUGAAUACUGUAAACGUUACAUAAAUGGAUUGAAUGGAACGAAUGCUCGCACAACAUGGCUAAAUUUACUUCACGAAAAAAUGCAUGAAGGAGCAACCGCGGACCUUGAAAUGGUGCCCUGGCCAUACCCUGUAUUAGUGAGCAUAGGCAGAUUUUUAUACAACAUCAUUCUACGGGACAUUAAGAUUGACGUCAAUUGUAUCAAGGCAAAUUCCCAGACUCAAAGAUAUUUACCAGCGUUCUAUGCAGUCUUCAGAAAUAAUGAUCAUCGAGUUACUCAAGAAAUAAAACCACAUCCUUUCCUAUGGAAAUUAUACAGAGAUGCCCAGCUUGAAACAUUGAGCUUCGAAACAUCCAUGUUACCUUUAGUUGGUCCACCAUCACCUUGGUACUCUCCUAAAAAUGGCGGUUACUUACUAACGGAUACUAAGGUUGUAAGAGGUGUCUCCGAUUCUACACAACAGUGGCAAAUAUUAAAACAGUUACCACAAACCCAACUUUACCCAAUUUUCGAUAGUCUGAACCAAUUGUCCAGUAUACCAUGGAAAAUAAAUAUUUCAGUUCUCAAUAUAGCUGUCAAGGUAUUUCAAGACGGAGGAUCUCAGGAUCUAGACAUACCAGAACCUCCAACAACUACACCACUUCCAAUGAUAGAUGUGGAGUUAUCAGCUGAGGAGAGAAAACUUGCUGUUAAAGCCAGGCUGAAAGAGAAAAGAAAGAGAGCAGACACGUACUCGUUGUGGUGUGACACUUUGUACAGAUUAUCUUUAGCCAAUCAUUACAGAGACGAAGUGUUUUGGUUACCACAUAACAUUGACUUCAGAGGUCGAGUUUAUCCGAUUCCUCCACAUGUUAAUCAUCUUGGUUCAGAUCUUGCACGCUCACUAAUGGUGUUUGCAAAGGGGCGACCUUUGGGGCCAGAUGGUUUUAACUGGCUCAAAAUUCAUCUCGUGAAUUUGACAGGUCUUAGAAAGAGAGAAUCAAAUGCUGAGCGUCUAAGGUAUGCAAACGAGCUGCUUCCACAGAUUUUGGACAGUGCGGAAAAUCCCCUGGGUGGUGAAAAAUUCUGGCAAAAAUCCGAGGAACCGUGGCAGACUUUAGCAGCUUGUUUUGAGAUUGCUGAGGUGUCAAAGUCUCCAAAUCCAGCAGAGUAUAUUAGUCGCUUUCCUGUUCAUCAGGAUGGUAGUUGUAACGGACUACAACAUUAUGCUGCACUUGGUAGAGAUCGGCAAGGUGCAGAAAGUGUCAAUCUCUCAUCCACGGAAAAGCCCCAAGACGUCUAUAGUUUUAUCGUAACAUUGGUAGAAGAACAGAGACGAACCCAUGCCAGUGAAGGUUUAGAGAUAGCUCAGGUUUUAGAAGGAGUUAUCAAGAGAAAAGUUAUUAAGCAAACCGUUAUGACCACUGUUUAUGGCGUGACACGAUUUGGUGCUAGGCUACAAAUAGCCAAACAAUUGAAAGAAAUUGAUUUCCCGGAAGAACAUCUGUGGGCAGCUAGCCAUUAUUUAGCUAACCAAACUUUUCAUAGUCUGAGAGAAAUGUUCACGAGCACGAAACUGAUCCAAGACUGGCUAACGGAAUCUGCUCGUGUUAUCUCUUCCACCUGUGGAAAAAAUAUCGAAUGGGUCACUCCUCUCGGUCUUCACGUAGUACAACCAUACAGUAGACCUACACAUACUUUCAAUGACAGAUUUGCUAUGCCAAAGAAGUCGAACAUUGAAAAACCGAAUGUGAUGAAACAAAAAAAUGCCUUUCCUCCAAACUUUAUACACUCGUUAGACUCUACUCAUAUGAUGUUAACAGGCCUUCAUUGUGAACAUGAAGGAAUCACCUUCGUAUCUGUACACGACUGUUUUUGGACCCACGCUUCUACCGUUGCUGCAAUGAACAAAAUAUGUCGUGAGCAAUUUGUAGCUCUUCACUCUGAACCAAUUUUGAAGAAUCUGUCUGAAUUCCUUGUGAAGACAUUCGGUUAUGUAGAAAGUGACAUUGUUCAAGAUGGAUCUGUUACGGAGCUUAGCAAAAAAAAAGUGAACAGGCUUUUGCAGCAACUUCCAAAGCACGGCGACUUCGAUUUAAACAAUGUUUUAAGAUCGGAAUAUUUUUUCAGUUGAGAACAGAGUAUUAAGUGAUUAAUAUAUCUACAGUGUAUAGUACUCUAUCAAAGAAUUUAUUCUUUAAUUAGGCUACGCAUAAACGAUUGUGAAUAUUAAAUAUAGUAUUGUUAUGUCCAUAA